AUGUCCAGUAAAUGUAUAAAAUGUAAUAAACAUAUAACUCACCUUGAAGACGUACUUCAAUGCAGUUUAUGUAAAAUCCAAAUCCACUUUCAUUGCAAUGGAAUUUCCGAAACAGCCUUCAGAAAAAUGACAAACAAUACUAAAAAGCGUUUUACAUGUACUACCUGCAAUACUUUCAAAAGCCCAGCAACCUCCACUGAACCAUCCAACUUAUUGGAAGACAAGAUUGAAGACCUAAUAAAAUCGGUAAGCUUUAUGAGUCAUCAAUUCGAUGAGUUUAAUAAGAAAAUCGAAUCUAUAUUUAAUGAAAUAAAAUUGGUCAAAAUAGAAAACGAACAAAUUAAAAAAGAAAAUACCAUAUUAUCCAAAGAGAUAAGUGAAAUUAGACAAAAAAUUGACAUUCUCGAACAACAAAAUCUUGGGGCCAGCAUUGAAAUAAUAGGCAUACCAAAAACUGAAAACGAGAACUGCAUAAGUAUAGUCAAAGAAAUAGGAAAAAAAAUGAAUAUCGUCAUUCCCGUCAUAGAAGCUAGAAGAAUUACUGCAGAAAAGUCCAAGUCAAAUUUAAUUAUUGCUAAGCUAGAAUCAAAGGAAAUAAGAAGUCAACUUAUACGCAAAUCAAAAAAUGAAAAACUUAACGCUAAUAUGUUAGUCAAUAACUGGCCUACUGAAAAUAAAAUAUUUAUAAAUGAACACCUCACGAAAGACAAAAGAAUACUUUUCGCCAAGACAAGAGCAGCCGCCAAAGACAAAAAAUAUAAAUUCACUUGGAUAUCCAAUGCAGAAAUCCUUACAAGAAAAGACGAAAACUCAAAAACAAUGCGCAUCAGAACCUUUAGUGACCUUGAAAAAAUGUAA